AUGGACAAUGUACCAACUAUUCGUCUGAUGUUGUUUGGUAAUUGGUUUGUUGGGAAGUCAUCCCUACAGUUGCGGUUCAUCUUCGACAAAUUUGAAGAAGAAACAGACUUGACUUGGCAAGAUCCAUAUAAUAAAACAAUUUUAAUAGAUAAUGAGACAAUUGCUUUAGAUAUAUUAGACACGUACUCAAGUGAAAUAAUUCAAAAUGAUUCUUACAACAUAAGAUAUUUAAAAAAAUCCGAUGGCUUUGUUCUGGUCUAUUCUUUGGACAAUUAUUUUACAUUUUGCAGCUUAGAAUCAUACAUUGAAGUUAUAAACAAAUACAAACAAAUGGAUUUGAAUGUGAAGAUCCCAUGUGCUCUCUGUGGAAACAAAAGAGAUUUAAAUACACAACUUGUCUCCCAGCGAGAAGUUAUUAAAUUUGCAAAGAAAUGGAACAUGUCACUCAUAGAAACGUCUGCCAAACAAAAUUUUUGUGUCAAUGAAUGUUUCUUUCAUAUUGCAAAAGUUAUUAAAAAUCAAAAAGACUUUGCAACAAAAAAUAUGAAAUCGUGGAACACUAUCAUGAAAGAAAUUUACGAUUCAAGAAAAUCUUGUUUAGUAACUAAAAAUAACCAUAAUAAAACGUGUUUCAUCGUUUAA